UUGAGUAGCAGAUUUUUGAAACACGAUAGCUGACGGCACAUCUGUGACGCCACACUCCAUCCGGGUCCUCCGCGCCUGGGCCAUGACGUCACGGGGUCCAGGAAUGGCGGCGCUGUCUGCAGAGGGAAGCAGCCCGAAGAGCCCGAAACUUUGUUCCUAACAUCGCUCAGCGGAUACACGAGCUCCACCGCUCCACCAACGGCCAUAUCCUCCUCUUAAAGAGGCAGCACAACGGUAGAACCCAGUCUCGACGUUGUUACCGCUGAAUUCUAACGUCCCAGGCUCUAUUAGUUUGGUUGACUUUGCGAGGGCCAAAAGACAAGAGCAAAGACAGCGACUAACGGUACAUAAAAACAACAAGCACCCUAAAGCAUCCUCUUUCGACUCCGUCCAUUUCAUAGAAGGAUCUUACUUGUGUUUUGCUAGUUUUUUGUCUAGCUCAUAAACCGAAAGGCGAGACGCUGGCCUGAUAAGGUGAAGCACCAGCUGCGGGUUUGAUGCCACGAUGGAGAGUUUAACACUGAGCGAUGUCGAGCAGAAAUAUUACUCUGAACUCUUCCUCUCCUGUGAUGUGGAUAACACCAAGAAAGUGGCUUCCAAUGGCAAAGUUCUGGACCUCUUCCGGGCGGCCCAGCUCUCAAACGAAGUGGUCCUUCAGAUUACUGAACUUUGUGGAGCCACACGUCUCGGCCAUUUCGGUCGGAGUCAGUUCUACAUCGCACUGAAGCUCAUUGCACUGGCCCAGUCUGGAAUGCCCCUGCGUGUGGAGAGCCUGAACAGUGUCAGGGAUUUACCCCUCCCUCGCUUUGUGAUGGGCAAGAAUGAGCAGGAGACGAGGCACGCGGUCAUGUUCGCAGAUGCAGAGAAUCAGGGGCACUACCUCCCCAGACCUCCAGGCCGAGUGCAAGCCAAAAAAGUGUCAGUGCAUGAGAUGAUUCAGCCCUGUGUGCCCACUGUUGAUCCUCAGCCGGACACCACAUCUCCUGUAGUGUCGCCACACCAGUCCCCUCCCACUUCGCCCCAUGCCUGGAGGAAGCACAAACGCCAGGCCAGCGGUGGAAAUGUGGACAGACAGCCCUCAGUGCCAGGAGUUGUUUGGCCACCUUUUAGAGAAGCACAGCCAGGACCAGUAACAGCUGACGGGAUGUGGUCCACCCAUUCACCCCCUCCUGUCCAAGAAAGUUGGGUCAGCUUUACAGACACACCCCCCUCCAGCACACUUCCAAUGCAUCCCCCCUCAGCUCAGCCGGAGAGCACAACAGUACGGACUAUGACAUCUGUAAUGACCACAAAUGAAAUCCAAAGACAGACCAGCGGUUACGAUGACCCCUGGAAAAUCACAGAUGAGCAAAGACAGUAUUACAUAAACCAGUUUAAGACCAUUCAGGCUGAUCUCACUGGUCUAAUCCCAGGCUCUGCCGCGAAGGAAUUCUUUACAAAGUCGAAACUGCCUAUUCUAGAACUGUCUCACAUUUGGGAGCUAUCAGAUUUUGAUAAAGAUGGUGCACUGACCCUGGAUGAGUUUUGUGCUGCAUUUCAUCUCGUGGUCGCUAGGAAAAAUGGUUAUGACCUUCCUGAAAAGCUCCCUGAGAGCCUAAUGCCAAAGCUUAUUGACUUGGAUGACUCAGCAGGAGUUCCAGAACCUGCUACUGAGGUUGGCUUCUCUGCUUCCCCUGUGGAGGUCACACCAAAUAAGUCUCCUUCCAUGCCUUCCCUGAACCAGAACUGGCCUGAGCUCAACCAGAGCAAUGAGCAGUGGGAGACUUUUAGCGAACGCUCCUCAAGCUCACAAACUCUGACCCAAUUUGAUUCUAACAUUGCACCAGCUGACCCUGAUACAGCAAUAGUCCACCCUGUGCCCAUUCGUAUGACACCCAGCAAGAUCCACAUGCAAGAGAUGGAGCUCAAGAGAACUGGAAGUGAUCACACACAUCCAACUAGUCCGUUAAUGGCGAAACCACCAGAACUUUCUGACGAGACCAAGCUAACAGCAACUAUUAAGUUUCCUGGUACCACUGUUGGAGAUGGCUAUAGCAGCUCAGAUUCAUUUACAUCUGAUCAAGAGCCCAUUUCCAGUGCUGUGAACAGACAAAGGUCUCACUCUGGCACCUCUCCGGAAGGACUGAAGGUUGUGGCUCCGCCCCCACCUCCGCCCCGCCCCCAGCCCUCUCACUCACGGUCCUCCUCUCUAGACAUGAACAGAAACUUUGCUGCUGUCCCUGCAGGUUCGCAGCAGACAGGAGUAGUGGCCUUUCCUCCUGCAGUGCCUCCCAGACCACUGCCCACACAGACAUCAGUGCCACAUGGUCACCGUGUAGUAGAGGGAGAUGGUCUUCCAGCACAUACCAGCACGUCACCCCAGCAGAUGCCAGAACAGCCCAACUUUGCUGACUUCAGCCAGUUCCAGGCUUUUGCUGUGGACCAGCCGGCAGAUGACGGAGAGAAACUAUCUGAUAGUGGACAGGCAGAAAGAUGUGCGGAAGCUGCCGUGACGAUGAGAACAGCAAAGAACGAUGUUCAGGCAGAAGAACGAAAUGCAACCACUGUCAACUCUGCCAAAGUAUCCACUCCAUUGGCCCCACCUCCCAAACCCGUCCGUCGAAGACUCAAAUCAGAAGAUGAGCUCAGACCAGAUGUGGAGGACCUUCCCCAAAAGUCUAACGUCAUAGCCACUGUUCUAGCAACCCAGCCCUCAAUUCCACGGUCUAUCGGUAAGGAUAAAAAGGCCAUCCAGGCUUCCAUUAGAAGAAACAAAGAAACGAAUACAGUUUUAGCCAGACUCAACAGUGAAUUACAGCAACAGUUGAAGGACCUGCUAGAAGAAAGAAUAUCGCUUGAAGUGCAACUGGAACAGCUUAGACCUUUUUCGCAUUUGUAACCGGAGUGUGUGCGCUUCAGAUUGAAUGUGUGUAUGAAAGAGUGAUUACACCCCCCCCCCUUUUUUUUUUUUUUUUUUUUUUUUUUUUUUUUUAAGUGGUCUGUUGGAUCCUCUGGCAGGAUGUCCAUUUCACCCAUCUCCACUCCUCUGCUGACUGUGAGAGAAGAGACAAAAUCGCUGCUUCCUCCAGACCGUUCUGUCUCACACAGCCAUUCAGAGGGAUGGGGUCCAGGAUUAUUAUCCGUUAUGGCACUUUGAUGAAACAGAAAGUCUUGAGUGGUUGUAUAUGUAUCACCCCAGACAUUGCAGGUUAUGUUUAGUGUGUGAGGCAAGAGGCUGCAAUUCUGGUUAACAUGAAGGAGCCUCUUCCCCUCCUGUUCUCCAGAGUCUCGAGGCAGCUUGUCAUGUUCUUCCAUGUUAGGGUACCCGUAUGUGCUCAGACAAUCAUGUGAGGCCAUGCACUGGUCCUAAAGGAGGGGAGAACUGAUUUUUGGGAGAUCAGAAGUAUGCUUCAGUAAACUGAUUCUGACAGGCACUUGUUAAAGGGACAGUUCAUCCAAAAAUGUAUUCACCCUCAUGUCAUUACAAACCUGUAAAUGAGGACUGGGACUGUUAAGCUCCACAAAUACAAAAGAAAGGGCAAAAAAAAGUGGUCCAAAUAACUUGUGUGCUAUAUUUGUAGUUAUAUGAUUGUGUUUUGCAAUUAACAAAAGCUGGUUUUCUGCUCAAGUUAACUGGAGUGAGUCAUUGAGUUAACUGGAUCAGUCAAAUUUGCGAACAAUUAAUUUAAAAAAAAAUCUGGAUCAACUGAAUCAUUAAAAAGAUUAGGACGAAAUCAAAUGAAUCACUUGUUCACAAAUCAGACCGUGCUACUUGUGACAAAACGGCAAAAAGAAUUACAAAUAAGUUAUAACGACUUCAAUUUUAAUCUGUUCCUCAAACAAAAUCUAUUUUAUGGCUUCAGUAACUUUGAAAUAUAAUGCACAAGUGAAAUAAGCUGCUACUUUAAUGCUGCUUUUGUUCGUUAGCCCUCAUUUACUUUUAUUAUAUAAUAAAUUCACCUUUUUUGACACACGGAUGAAGGAAACCCGUACGGGUUUGAGUGAUUUUGAGCAAAUUAUUUUUGGAUGAACUAACCCUUUAAUAUUUCUUCCUUGCCAUACCAAUGGACGGCACAUUGUGUGUAUUUGUUUCAUGUGCAUGAGAGAGAGUUUGAGGACAACAGUUGCAAAUGAAUGGCAUCAAAGACUGCUUUAUUUCCUUCUUUUAGCACACUCUGUUGUGGGAUAACAAAAUGACCCGUUCAACCUUGUACAGUCUUUCACCCCGGGAUAGCAGAUGUUCCUCUCUCAGUCUCAACUGUUGGCUGUACCUCAUACGGUACAUCAUCUGCGUCGUAAACUCUGUGACAUCAUUAGUACGUAAUUGUGAGACCUGAAACAAUGACUGCACUUUCUCCCCUUCGGCUUUCAUUUGUCUUUUCUCGUCGCUGUUUUUGCAUGUCGUUCACGAUCUCAUUUCGUAUAAAACGAUGAACCACUUGAUUUGUAUCCGUAACGUCUGAACUAGUGUGACGUUUGUGUUGUUACAUAGACUUGCGCCAUGUCUCUCAUUCAUUCGUUUGUUUUGACUGAUGUCUGUCUUUUCUUUUACUCAUCCUUAAAGCCUUACUUCCUGGUGUGCAGGUUUUCACAGUAAUGUAUCCCCCCAUGUUAAAUCAAGGUGAGCCUUUACUCCCUGCUGUUCAGGCUGAUUUACUGUAUCAGGGGUAUGUUGUAUAUUGUAUGAUACACACCUUUUGAUCUCAUAUGUAAAUUUGCAUUAAUUGCUGACUAACAGCAAAUAUUCUAUUUAAUUGCUUAUAUAAUGGCUGUGGGAUCAUAAAUGUUUAACUGCAUGGAUGUGUCUCUGCAGAAUGGACUAGCAGCUGUGUGAUUUUUACACAAAAUAAAAAUGGCACAAUAUUUUAA